GGUCGCCAUGGGGACGGGGCUGUUCCCGGGGAGGCUGUGAUGGGUUGACAGGUGCGUGACAGUGGGAGCUGCUCUCGGCACAAGCAUGUACGGCAAAGGCAAGAGUAACAGCAGCGCCGUCCCGUCCGACAGCCAGGCCCGGGAGAAGUUAGCACUCUAUGUAUAUGAAUAUCUGCUCCAUGUAGGAGCUCAGAAAUCGGCCCAAACAUUUUUGUCAGAGAUAAGAUGGGAAAAAAACAUCACAUUGGGGGAACCACCGGGAUUCUUACAUUCUUGGUGGUGUGUAUUUUGGGAUCUCUACUGUGCAGCUCCAGAGAGACGGGAAACAUGUGAACACUCAAGCGAAGCAAAAGCCUUCCAUGAUUAUAGUGCUGCAGCAGCUCCCAGUCCAGUGCUAGGAAACAUUCCCCCAGGAGAUGGCAUGCCAGUAGGUCCUGUACCACCAGGGUUCUUUCAGCCUUUUAUGUCACCUCGUUACCCUGGAGGUCCACGGCCCCCACUGAGGAUACCUAAUCAGGCACUUGGAGGUGUCCCAGGAAGUCAGCCAUUACUCCCCAGUGGAAUGGACCCAACAAGACAACAAGGACAUCCAAAUAUGGGUGGCCCAAUGCAGAGAAUGACUCCUCCAAGAGGAAUGGUGCCCUUAGGACCACAGAACUAUGGAGGUGCAAUGAGACCCCCACUGAAUGCUUUAGGUGGCCCUGGAAUGCCUGGAAUGAACAUGGGUCCAGGUGGCGGUAGACCCUGGCCAAACCCAACAAAUGCCAAUUCAAUACCAUACUCUUCAGCAUCUCCUGGGAAUUAUGUAGGUCCUCCAGGAGGUGGAGGGCCACCAGGAACACCUAUCAUGCCUAGUCCAGCAGAUUCAACCAACUCUGGAGACAACAUGUAUACUUUAAUGAAUGCAGUACCUCCUGGACCGAACAGACCUAAUUUUCCAAUGGGUCCUGGGUCAGAUGGCCCCAUGGGUGGCUUAGGAGGAAUGGAGUCACAUCACAUGAAUGGCUCUUUAGGCUCAGGAGAUAUGGACAGUAUUUCCAAGAAUUCUCCCAAUAAUAUGAGCCUGAGUAAUCAACCUGGCACUCCACGGGAUGAUGGCGAAAUGGGGGGAAAUUUCUUAAAUCCUUUUCAGAGUGAGAGUUACUCCCCUAGCAUGACAAUGAGUGUGUGAUCCUUUACGCGUCUCCUCAUGAAAACCACAGUGAGUCAGCCCUUCACAGAACUACUACGGAAGAAAAUUAUUCAUCACAGUGUACAGUAAAGGAAUCUCAGUCACACCAAACCAACCUUUUUAUUUCCUGCUCUCUCCCCUAUUUUGUGAAGAAAGCGGGUCCAAACGUGAUUCAAACAACUGUACGGAGUGGCACAUUAGAAUUGCCCUAAUCUGAACUGCAAAUAAUUAUCUGUGUAUGUAUAUGUGUGGGAAGGAGAUUGUAUCGUAUAUGUGGAUGUUAUAUGGACAUAUACGCAUACAUGCAUUGACCCACAGGACAUUGUAAAAUAUUAUCACAUGACAUCUUAAGUAGAAAUAGGUAGGGACUUUUAUUCCAUCCUUUUUUUCACGUUUACAUUUUAAUUAUUAAAAGUUGCUCCUGUCCCCUCCCUGAACUAUUUUGUGCUGUGUAUAUCACUGCUUUAUAUAAGUUAUUUUUUAAGGUGAACUCAGAUGUUAUGGUUUUGUAAAUGUCUGCAAUCAUGGAUAGGAAUAAAAUCGCUUAUUUGAGAGCUUUCAUUAAAUUGUGUCUGAUGCAAGUUAUCCUGUGAAUCCUAAAGUGUACUGUCUCAAGUAAUGGAAGAAAGUAUUCCUUUAUCCUUAUGUCAAAUCAAACAAUUUCUCGGUUACUUUGAGUGAAAAGUAUUUUUGUAUUUUUUUUUGUUUGAGAAAAACACUUCAGAUCGACAAAAGCUUAACUGGGGCUUCAACAGUAUAUUUCUGCAAUAACUACUUUAAAUGGAAUUCUUGAUUUGUUUGUCUUAGGUGAUACAAAAAUCAUUAAUUAGCUCAAAUUACCUAGAUCACAGCAAUAAAGUGACAGGGGUUGUCAUAUUUUUAGCAACAUGUUUUCUUGUUCUCAUGAUAAAGCCCUGAAGUGAUCACAGAACCAUUUGCUUGAAUUUAUCACUUUUCACUAGGCACACUACAGGUAAAUUUUUAAUAACACACCAGUGUGAAAUGCUAUCUUUCAUUGAGACAUCCUGUGAACAUCUCCAUAGAGAUGCUACAAACAGUCAAAUGAUUGAGACUUUCAACACCAGGGAGAAAAGAGUUAUCUGGAUACCCAAGGGCAUCUGAGAGCUUCUGGAGUGCUGCUACUUUAUCUAGAUCAGUAACUUGCUUGCUAGGGCAGUACUGACUGGUACCAGUCCCUGCUGCUGUCUUUCUUCCCUGGCAGCAGAGCGCCUGCUCUGUUCCAGGGACAAAGGACUUACAUUCUGAGGAAAAUCACCUGUAGCAACAGUAACUUCCCUCCUGGACAUUGACUUGAAUAGGCUAAAUCUGCAUUGCAUGACAGUUCAGAAGGCAAUGAGGAAAUAUGUUUUAAAUUACUUCCCUUAUAAAAAGCACUUUGCUCUAUGACACUUUCCAGAUCUUUUGGGUCAUGUUUAAUUAUACAUAUGCAUACCAAUUUGCUAAUAUCAACAUAUGAAGACUAAUUUUAGACUCUGAAACAGAUAACUUGCUGAUAGUUUGUGUUACGACCGUGAUACAAUAACCACAGAGAAGCACCAACUAUAUAUCCAAACUCCAGAGCCUUUGAAAAGCAUUGCUUAAUCUCAUUCAUCUCACUCAAGAGGAAUUUUCUCUUUCCUUUAAGCUGAUGAUGGUCUCUAAGUGAAAAUUCAGCAAUACAUGUACUAGUUCUUCAUUUCAGAUGAUUUAUUCUUGUCAAAUCAGUAAUGAUGUAUUCCUUCUGAAAAUAAUGAUGUGUGUGUGCGUGUGUGUGUGUGAGUGUGUGUGUGUGUGCACGCGCGCGCGCGCGCAUGACAAAGGUGUUGGGCAGAACUGUUGGGGGAGGGAGAAACAUUGAAUUAAACUCAUGUUUCAGAUUUGAACUAUAGUAAAAUGAGUCACAAUUACACAUAGUGUUAGGAGCCCUGGGAUUGCAUACCAGAGAGGAGCCUUAUGCUCUCAAGCUUCAGAGAUCUGUCAUGAACAAUUCAAUCUUAAAAGUCUUUACCUCAAGCCAAGAUAACCUGACAGUGGCACUUUGUACAAACAUCUGAAUUUCAAGAACAAUAACUUUCACUUCUUAUGACAAUUGUAGCAAAAUUGAUAGUGUUUUGAUUAAACUUAAUUUCAUGAUAGGAUUUUUAAAUAUUUUGUUAGCUCUUUUCUCCAUUGUCCAUUGUUACUGACCUUGCAUUUCUUUUAUUUGCCUUCUGGGAAGGUAUUUUUUUUUUAAUCACAAAGAACCCUGAACCUGAUUUUAUUUGCCCGUAUUUUACGGGUAAUCCCAGACUAGGAAUGGCAUCAUGAGUCCUGUUAUUUCUAAUUUGUUGCAAAUGGUAAAUUUGCUAUUUCUUGUUUUUAAUAUAUAGUAAUCAAUUCACCAUGAUACUUAUUUUUCUUUUUUGGAUCCCAAAUUAAAUAUGGCUAUCUCAGAUAAUUCCUGAAAUAGUUUAAAAUCAUUUUUGAGGAAACCAUUGUAUUAAAAAAUACAAAAAUGCUUAACUUUUAUAUCCAAUUAAUCUCAUGUAUUGAAUGGAAGCUAGUGUCUAUAUAUUUUUGUUUUUAGAUUUUGAAUCAUUUAAACAUUAGUAUUUUUUCUUGUAAUAAGGACAUAUACAAUCUUUUAUGUUUUUCAUCUCUGCCAAUGCAUUUGUGAGUUAGUCUUGAUAGAUAUUGCCUCUUUCUAGGGUUAUUCUCAUUCAUUUCACCUCACAAUAAUAUUAGCAAUUCUUACCAACAUUGAACAUGAAAUGCACAUGUAAAAUUGGAAAUAAGCAGUAGGUGAAAACAUUAUUUUUCUUUGCUUUAUAUUGUGCCUAGCUCUGCAGGUGAAAGUACAUGUCAUUCUUUCUGUGUUACAUAUGAUUUAUAAUCAGCUGUCUUUCUUACAUUGAAGUUGCCCAGGAGAACAGAAGCUAUAGGGUGUCAUUAAUACCAUAUAUUUGAAGGGUGAAUCAGUUCACUUUUGUAAUAUGCUCCAGGUUGGACUCCGUUGCUGAUGAAUAGGAAAUUUAUAGCUAAAAAUCUGAGGUAAAGAUUUCUCUAUUGCCAAAAGACUAACAAAUCAUUUCUGUUCCUCCAGCCAUGGAAAGUACGCCAAGAUCUCUUUCCCUCCAGGAACAAAACAGAGAAAACUUCCAUUUCUAUUUGUAUGAUUAUCUGAGAUACCUGAUUUCUAUUUCAUUUCGUAGGGUCAUUCAAUUAAUACUCCAUCUUUAGUCUAAAAGACAGCAAGCCAAAAUAAGUAAGUUCACUUUGGGACAUACCUAAGUCUUACAAUUUGUCCACAUCAUAUUGCUUUGGGAAUGUUCCACAGUGUAUUCCCCAUUUUCUCAACAGGUGGAGUUUUCUGCAGUCCUUCAUAUGCUAAAGCAGCCCACCCCUGUGAGGUUACAAUAAGGCCCAAGAAAUCAUUUGUACAUACAGGACUGACAAGUUGCUUCUUGUUGACUUGUUUCCACCAUCUGCCUACACUGAUAAUGUUGUAUAGCCGAUUGGCCUUUGGCAAAGUAGUUUCUCUACUCCUAAAACCUUGAUUUGUUUCUUGGCUUUCUCCAUACCUUCAUCAAGUCCCUGACCACCCACCCUAACCCCCAGUAAAUAAGAAACAGACUGAACAGUUUUAUCUUCUCAGCCCUUAGGAACUUCAUCUCUAUAUAGUGUUGAUGGUGAUUUCCCAUUGGAAAAUGGUUUUAAUUUUCAUUUGUUGAUUAUUACUGUUGAUUACAAGAAAUUCCAUAAAACAUAGCUACUUAAUUUGGGGAUGCAUAAUAGUAUUUGGGUGCCAGUUUUUCCCUGUUUUAUGUUUUAUAUACUAUAAUUCUCUUUAUUUGAAAACAUCAGUUGAUAUACGUAGUCCAUGAUAGUGUAAGGAGGAAAAAAGGCCAAUGUGAGAAGAAAAGUUGUAUGUUUUCCAAAAAGGUAGACUCACCUUAUUUAAGUUUUCCUUUAUGGUAGUGUCUUUUUUUUCUCAUGAAUUGCAGAGUAUGUGUUUGCUUAAAGCAGUGCUCGCUAACCUAAAGAUCUGUCUAUAGACCAAUCCUUUGGCAAAUCCUGGAAAAAUAAGAAUGGUGAACCACUCUUCACAGUGCUUUUUGAUGGUUACACAUGAAAGGUGUGUGUGUCCCUGUGUGCAUGUGUGGGUGAUGGUAGUAUGAAGUUUGCUCACAAAUCACUACUCUGAUUCAGUAGUGCUACUUCAUAAUACUACUGACAAUAAACAAUUCUCUUUCACUACUUUGCGUUUCCAUGUUAAGUAGUGAUUUGGGAUAGAAAGAAUACUACAACACACGAGCAGAUGAAGUCUCUGAGGCCCAGAUUUGAUAGGCCUGUGUGAGCUUGUCCCUAUUAAGCUUUCUUAAGUGGGCCUUGUACAUAGGGAUGAGAGUAUAAAUGAUCAUUUGAUCCUUGGCCACUUCUCUGAUCUUGCCAGCAGUUGUGUAAUAAUUAUAGUUUUCUGAUAUAUACAUUUUUAUAAGAAAUUGGUAUUAUUAAUUUAUGUUACCUAAAGCAUUAACUUUACCCAUGAACUGUAAUUCAGAUUGAAAGAGGUGACCUACAGAUGAAACAUGCACCUGAAACUGCUAUAAUUACUUUUUAAAAACGAUAUCCUAAAGAGAAACCCUCAGCUGAAUAAGCCUCCCAAGGAGAAGUUCCUCAGUUAAGUUUCCCAUUAAUGUAUAAUUGGUUUUCCUGAAUAGAAUAAUUUCUGUGAGUAAUUUAAAUGUGAAUAUUUUUGCUGUCUACAUCUUUAAGAAUGAAAAAUACAGUACAGUAUAUAGAUAUUAUAAAUUUUAAAGUGGGACUAAGUGUGUUUAUGUAUGCAAUUAUCGUUUGUCUCUUUUCCUCUGCAAGUUUACUGAGCACCAUCAGGACAAAUGCCAAUUCAUUUUGAUUCUCUCAAUCAUUGAAAUGUUAGGAUCCACUUGGAAUAUUUGGCAAUUCAUUUCGCAGUGAGAUAGGCUAUUCACAUGACAAAGGCAAGUGUUUAGUAUUCCUAGAAAAAUGAUAUUAAUGAUUUAUUCCCAGUUUACAGUAAAACUUCAUCCUAUUUCCUCUUUCACAUAACAUCAUCUCUGUACUUUGCCUCUCAGAACAUGGUAUGUUGUCAGCUAUAUGUAUUAUGCCUUGGUAAAACUGUUCAGCUAAAUGUAACUAACCAUGGAGUUCUUAGAAGACAGCAAAUUUCAGAUAAUUUCCAGUUUACUGGAUUUGACAGGUCUCUGCUAAUUUUGCAAAACCUUAGAGAGUUUUCUUAAUAUGAACUACUGGUCAACGUGUGUAUAUGACUUUCUAUCAAAUCAUAUUUAAAAAUGCUUUGCUUUCCUUUUAUUAAGAAAAUUUGAAAUCUUAUAAACUGUUAGAUGAAUAAAUAAAGGACUUGCUAUUGUCUCAAACAUGGAAAAUGGAGAGAGAUCUUUAUAAAUACAACUCUUUACUCAUGAGAGCCAUCAAUUUAUCCAAUUGUUUAAUUUCUCUAAUUGUGAUUUUAAGAAUUUAAGAUGUUUUCUUACUACAUGUGUUAAAUUGUUACCUAUAAUGUCUUCCUGGAAAAAAUAGAAUUAUUUGUAAGAUUUUUAUAAAUGCACAAUUUAUGUAUAAAUAUAAUUGGAAUCUGGGAUGACUUAGUAAUAUACUAGUCUUAAUUCAAUAAUAGCCACCAGCUAUCUGGCACAUUUGUAAAUUUAGCAUCUGUGUAUGUAUGUGUAUAUGUGUAUAUGUGUGCACAUGUGCACAUUAUUACAUUUAUUCUCAAAUGGAUUUAUCACUUAAUGUUUUUGUAAAACUUGAGCUACUUGUGUAAUGGGAAAAGUUGCCAUAAAAAUGUACAUAAAGGCCCCUUAAUUUGG